UGACGCAAUCGCGCCAGCCCGUUUUCCCCCUUCAUGGUAAGAUGGCGGAGGCUGCGGCGGUUCCUCCGCAUCGCUUCUUCUGUCACUGUUGUAAAGGCGAAGUGAGCCCCAAACUCCCGGAAUAUAUCUGCCCAAGAUGUGACUCGGGCUUCAUCGAGGAGGUGACGGAGGACUCCAGUCUUCUGGACAGUAGUUCCAAUGGCCUUGAUGACACAGCUUCACAGUUUGCAGAGCUUUGGCAGCUUUUGUUUGUGGAGCGGCCGUUCACGGUGGACCUGGACAGCCCUGAUUCAGAGCCGCGGGUGCCCGGAGGCGGUGGGGGUUUGGGUCUGGGCGGGGGGCCGUUUGGCGGGUCUGUCCCCGGUGGCCUAGGUGGGGGCCUCGGGGGUCCGUUAGGAGGAGGAGGAGAACACUGGGGGCCCGGCCGUCCCCCACGCUUACACACUCAGAGGAGAUACCGGUCCAGAGGAAGCAGCCGACCGGAUCGAUCUCCAGCUGUAGAGGGAAUAGUACAACAGUUUCUCGCUGGACUUUUUGCCAAUUCAGGAGUUCCGGGUUCACCUCCACUGUCAUGGACAGGGAUGCUGCACUCGAACCCUGGUGACUACGCCUGGGGGCAGGGGGGUUUGGAUGCCGUCAUUACACAGUUACUGGGUCAGUUUGAGAACACAGGUCCUCCUCCUGCAGACAAAGAGAAGAUCUCCUCCCUCCCUACAGUCAUCGUCUCUCAGGAACAGGCCGACAGCAAUAUGGAGUGUCCGGUGUGUAAAGAGGACUACACGGUCGGAGAGCCGGUCAGGCAGCUGCCCUGUAACCACUUCUUCCACAGCGACUGCAUCGUACCCUGGCUAGAACUGCAUGACACGUGUCCCGUCUGCAGGAAGAGUUUGAAUGGAGAGGACAGCAGCAGCAACCAGCCUCCGACAGAGCCAUCCCUUAACACUGACCCCCGCACACAGGAGAGAUGGUCCUUCUGAGACCCCUGCGCUUCGUCUCGUCUCUGCUCUCGCUCUCUCGCUCGCUCUCUCUGUCUGACUCGCCCUGAGAGUUUGCCGCUGUAAGACGAUGUCCAGGCGACGCCUUUUAAACGCGAGGCCUCCUGCUUUUCUUCCAGUGGCGCCCUCGAUGUUGAUCGGUCAGCAGUAGGUGACCCUACGGUGCUCUUAAGUGAGCUCUCCGCACAAAAGGUGACAGUUUUUCAUCUUAAAAAUGCAGUUUAAACACAGGAUGGAGGAGAUUUCAGUCGCAGCGCUUCACACGGAGAAGAUGCUCACCUGAAAAGUUCAAAAGGCGUCGUCUGAACACUCGGCUUUCCGUCUUAAUGCUGACCCCUCUCUCUCUCUCUCUCUCUCUCUCUCUCUCUCUCUCUCUCUCUGUCUCUCUCUGUCAUCUCUCUCUCUCUCUCUCUGUCUCUCUGUCUCUCUCU